AUGUAUUUCGUAGUCGAGGCAUUUAAGGAUACCAUCAUUAUCAUCCAUCUUGCCUGUGCGGCUCUAUCUCUUGCAUUUGGGAUUAGAGAACAUGGGAUUCAAGAAGGUUGGUACGAGGGUGGGAGCAUAUUUGUAGCUGUUUUUCCAGUUGUUGUAGUAUCUGCAACUAGCAAUUUCAGACAAGAAAGACAGUUCGACAAGCUGUCGAAAAUAAGUAGCAAUAUCAAAAUUGAUGUUGUUAGAGAUGGGAAGAGGCAGAAGAUAUCAAUCUUCGACGUUGCAGUCGGGGACGUAGUUUUCUUGACGAUCGGUGAUCAAAUUCCGGCAAAUGGACUAUUCAUCGACGGGCAUUCAUUUCAAGUGGACGAAUCGAGCUUGAUAGGAGAGAGUGAUCAUGAAAUCGAUUCCAAGCAUAAUCCAUUCCUGAUGUCAGGUUCAAAAGUGGCCGACGGGUAUUCACGAAUGCUAGUGAUAUCAGUCGGGAUGAAAACAGCCUGGGGGAAGAUGAUGAGUUCGAUAACAAAAGAUUCAAACGAACAAACGUCAUUACAAGAGCGUCUGAACAAAUUGACGACAUCAAUUGGGAAAGUAGGACUUUCUGUAGCUUUCCUGGUUCUUGUAGUCAUGUUGAUUCGUUAUUUCACUGGAAAUACCAAAGAUGAAAAUGGAAAUCGAGAAUACAAUGGAAGAAGAAUAUAUUUAAAUGAUAUUUUCAAUUUUGUUCUUCGAAUUAUAUUGACCGCAGUUACCAUUGUGGUUGUCGCAAUUCCGGAUGGACUCCCGUUGGCUGUCACCCUAGCGCUCGCAUAUUCGAUGAAGAGAAUGAUGGCUGAUCAGGCGAUGGUCAGGAACUUAUCAGGAUGUGAAAUAAUGGGAUCAGCAACAGUUAUUUGCACAGACAAAACGAGAACAUUGACAAUGAAUCAAAUAAAAGUGAUGAAGUUUUAG